AUGAAUGUGGACCUUAAGACGGUGGCAGGAAAACGUUGUACGCAGAUGGUGUUGCUUCUAGAAACACACUUGAAGCAACCAAGUGUUCAAAGUGAUAUCAAGAGUCGAUUUUAUGCCAAUAAGGACAUGCCCCUUUCAUAUGAUAACAUCGACAAAAUCAGAGCCGAGGUGAAGAGGUAUAUCCAGGGUCUGAUAUUAGAAGAAAUACAGAAAUGGGAACAAGACUCUAAACACUACCAACGCACUGUAACAAUGAUAAACGAGGAAUUUGAAAAGAAAUUUCAGUCUCUGCGAGAAGAGUUUGAAGACGUUGAACGACUUGUGCAUAUUGAGAACGAACCCGACAAUGAUUUCACAGGGACUGAUGAAACCUUCGAUACCUCUUUUUUUACAACUGGUGAAAAGGCAAUAAUGGCGGUUACAGCACCUAUAUGGAUACCACUUGGCAUAGUUGCCGCCUUGAUUGCCAUCCCGGUUGCUAUCGGAGCAUUUGUAAAUGAUGAAAGGAAAUUGAAAGAAUUUCGGAAAGACAGAUCACCGUUUAUGGACAAGUGGUUGAAGGAAUCUUUGAAAGAAUUCUUGAGAUGGAAAUCAAUUGACAAAACUGUGCUUGCAAAUUACGUUUUCAUCUUAACGAAACGGAUAGAUCAAAUGAGUGCCCGUAUUGUUUCAGAAUCAGUGCAAGCAGACAGGGUGCAUUUGGAAUCCAUUUUGAAGGACACGCGUGAAUCAAGCGAGAUUGUUGAGGUUUUUACGGAUAUAAAGACCAUCGUUCAAGACCAUAUUGCGUCAUUGAGAUUGUUUGAGCUACAAUGUCUUGCCAGUGAUAAAGUUAACUGUGUUGACAUAACUCGUGUUAAAGAAAUCGGUACCGGACAUUUCUCAGAAGUUUAUGCAGCUAAAUAUUUGCAGGAGGACGUAGCACUAAAAGUUAUUAAAACAUCAUUCACUACGAUGUUUACCCAUUUGGUCGAGUUAGAAAUAUUCAGGAGGCUAAAUCACGAGCACAUUGUGAGAUUCAAGGGAGUAUGUUACACUGACAUGUUGCCAGCUGUGGUUGGAGGUGGAAAGCGGGAGAAGCUGAGCAACUUUCGGUUGAUGUUCCUGUUCGAACAAUGUGACACCAACUUGGAAGAUUAUGUAUUUAAUAAUCCCAAACUCCAGUGUGGAAAUAUACCACCAAAAUCCAGAGGUCAAGCAUCCGAGUUCUUUGGCCGAACAGGACAGGCUGUUUGCUCUGCGAUGUUGUUCAUUCAUGGGAAAGGCUAUGCGCAUAGAAAAAUGCAGAUGAAAGGCGUUUUGUUACAAAACGGAACAGUGAAGCUUUGUGCACCGACCUGUAAGCCGGACACGAACAUAAAUGAUGGGUCUAGGAUUUUGGCUCCAGAAGUUGUGGUACAAGGAAACAUUGGUAAACACACGGAUAUAUUCGAUUUGGGAAUACUGCUGUGGGAACUUUGGUAUGGAAGACGGGCAGCGAUAGAUUUGAAAAAGAUUCGAUCCAUAACCUGCAGACAGCAUCCUGACUGCGAUGCCAAGCACGCAAUGCCCGAUGGUCUGGCACGUGUUGUAGAGAGCUGUUGGGCGCUAAACCCAGAGGAGAGACCUGGUGCCGGUCUGCUGUUGCAAGAAAUGUAUUCGAAUACGUAA